CUGCAUAAACCAGACAGAGAGAGAAGAAUUUGUAAGUUUCAGAAAUGAAGAGAAUCGAGCGACUGUUUACUCAUAGAAUAGACAGCUCUAGACUCAAAACAGGAGAUCAUAUAUACGCCUAUAGGUUUAUUCGUCUUUACAGCCAUCAUGGAAUAUUUGUAGGCGACAGUCGUGUCAUUCAUUUCAUCCAAACUAAAAGCAACAAGGGAGCCUCCAAGGACAAACCCCUUUGUGAAACAUGUGGAUAUCAGAAGAACGUGCACCUUGGAGUCAUCAAAACCUGCCUUGAUUGCUUCCUAUCACGCCGUCUUUUUUCAAGUAAGUCGCUUCAUCUUUACCAGUAUGAAGAACACAAGUUUGAAAAGCUGGUGAAAAUGCCUGGCACCGGCAGCACUGCCGCUUGUUUCCCACCUGAAACAGUUGUGGAGAUUGCCGAGGCGUUCCAUGUAAACAAUAAUUUUGGCGGCUAUGACCUUUUCGGUAACAAUUGUGAAGGUUUUGCAACAUCCUGCAAAACCGGUCAUCCCAUCAGUGAACAGAUUACAAGUAUUAAGAAUACCCCCAUAAUUGGAGUCAUAGCACCAAUCCUAACUAACGCGCUUGAUCACUUAAAGUCGUCUUCUUGAGGAUUUUUUUUUUAGGGGAAAACAAAGAAAAAAAGUCGUAUGAUUGAAUCCGCCUUAGCUCGACAUGUUGAAUUAAUUGAACAAGAUUUUAGGUACGAGAGUGAUGCUUGUUUCAUAGUAUCAAUAAAUAAAUAAAUAAAUGUUUUGUUGUGCGAAUGCAGCAAUAAGCUUUGUGUUAUUAUCUGCAGUUGUGUUGGUUUCUUUUGUAAAAGGUUUUUAUUGAAUAAAUUAUAUGUUGUUAUUUUAUC